GAUGGCUGACGACCAAGACCUUUCGGAGGUGGAGAUGAGCCCGGUGGGCUCUGAAGACCACCACUGCCUCUCACCAGGACCCUCCAUGGCGUCGGACAACUCCCCGCACCUUGCUGGCUCUGGGAACGGGGAGAUGGGGAAGGUCAAGAAGGAACAGCAAGACUCAGAGGCGGACGACGACAAGUUCCCGGUGUGCAUCCGCGAGGCAGUCAGCCAGGUGCUGAGCGGCUAUGACUGGACCCUGGUACCCAUGCCCGUCCGGGUCAAUGGAAGUAACAAGAGCAAACCCCACGUCAAGCGGCCCAUGAACGCCUUCAUGGUCUGGGCACAAGCUGCCCGGAGGAAACUGGCUGACCAGUACCCGCACCUCCACAACGCCGAGCUCAGUAAGACCUUGGGGAAGCUCUGGAGGCUGUUGAACGAAAGCGACAAGCGGCCCUUUAUUGAAGAGGCAGAGCGGCUGAGGAUGCAGCACAAGAAAGACCAUCCUGAUUACAAGUACCAGCCCCGCCGGCGGAAAAAUGGCAAGGCCACACAGGGUGAGGGUGAAGGCCAGGUGGAGGGGGAGGCUGGCGGGGGCUACAAAAACACCCACCUGGAUCACAGGCAUCCCGGCGAAGGGUCACCCAUGUCCGACGGGCACCCAGAACACUCCUCAGGUCAGAGCCACGGCCCCCCCACACCUCCUACCACCCCUAAGACCGAGCUGCAGGCAGGCAAAGCCGAUUCCAAACGAGAAGGGCGUUCCCUGGGGGAAGGGGGAAAGCCACACAUUGACUUUGGCAAUGUGGACAUCGGGGAGAUCAGCCAUGAAGUGAUGUCCAACAUGGAGACCUUCGAUGUCAAUGAAUUCGACCAAUACCUGCCACCCAACGGACACGCCAGCCACCCAGGCCAUGUUGGGGGCUACGCAGCAGCGGCGGCUGCUGGCUAUGGCCUCGGGAGCUCCCUGGCUGCAGCCAGCGGACACUCUGCCUGGAUCUCCAAGCAGCAUGGAGUCUCCUUGCCCACUGCCACCUCAUCGGUGGUAGAUUCCAAGGCCCAGGUGAAAACGGAGGGGUCCGCCCCUGGAGGUCAUUACACUGACCAGCCCUCCACCUCCCAGAUAGCUUACACAUCCCUGAGUCUGCCCCACUACGGUUCGGCCUUCCCCUCCAUCUCCAGGCCCCAGUUUGACUACCCAGACCACCAGCCCUCGGGACCCUACUACAGCCAUUCCAGCCAAGCCUCUGGCCUCUACUCUGCCUUCUCCUAUAUGGGACCUUCCCAACGUCCCCUUUACACUGCCAUCUCUGACCCUGCACCCUCCGUGCCACAGUCCCAUAGCCCCACACAUUGGGAACAGCCUGUGUAUACGACUCUCUCCAGACCGUAGGGAAUGGGGAAUGGUGACCGAAGCAGCGACGGAAAGGCUCCGAAGAAUCAGCACAGGCAGAAGAGCCUCCGAACUCCGAGGUCACUCAGUGCCAUCCAGCCACCAGAACCCACUGAGUAUACAGAAGUGCCUUUCUCGACCCCGGCUAUCGCUGGCUCACCCGCCUAGAGGAAGGUUUUUCGUCCUUUCACCCUUUACCAAUUUCACGCAUGCCACACGAUUGGCUUGCGACACCUUAUUGGCCUUCUAGAUGAGGAGGAUUCUAGACAUGGAGUGACUGGUCCGUGGUGGGUUUUGUUGUGCACACCCUGGACUGUACGAUGAGAGAGACUGUCCUUUCCUUCCCCUCCCCAAACUGCUCCAGGGAAUGAGCAAGUGUUUCCAACAGGCCACAACGGCCAACACUUUGUCACCUGCUGCGGGUGAAGGGUGGUUGCUCAGCCUUGGUGAACAUGUUAUGGGAGGAGUAGUAGGGAGGACAGCAUGGCCAGCUUCCUUGCGAUCAGCGUCGUGCAGCAGUCCUGCCUAAGAUUCACACGUGCAUGAAUCUUGAACCCCAUUGGAAGACCAACCUACGCUUGCUUCCCUGCUGAUUUCCACUGCUGCAUCCUAGCUUUUCUCCCUGCUUCUUCUCUCCACCCUGUCUCUGUUUAAUCCCACACUUUUUCCUGCAUGGAGAUUUUAAGGCUUGCCUGAACAACGUGUAGGACUCAGGAACCACAUUGUUGGUCUUAGCGUUACUCAUAUCAU